AAAUUCAUUUGCGGCUGCCGAAACGUGGUUAUUUUCAUUCCAAAAGGCGGCAAAACAUGUCCACCGAAGCGUCAAUAGCAUCGCGAAAUAUCGAAAUCAAAGCUUCCGUUCCGAGCGAGGAAGCCUUCCGGCGAAAGGUGGAAAUAGCCGGGCAGCUGACCGGUUCCAGCGGAGAAGUGAUAAAGCAGCACGAUGUGUUCUUCAACGCUCAGAAGGGACGGCUAAAGUUGCGCUACUUGGAGACGAAAAAAUCCGAGCUUAUUCAGUACUUUCGACCGGACGUUGGAGGUCCAAAGUUGUCAACCUUCCACAAGAUCGAUUUGGAUGAACCGAAACUGAUGGAAACCGUGCUGGCUGAGAGCGUUGGCAUCAAGGGAGAAGUUCGGAAACGCCGCCAUCUGUUUCUGCACCAGCAGACACGCAUUCAUCUGGAUGACGUGGAAGGGUUGGGUUAUUUUCUCGAAUUCGAAGUUUGUCUGAAUCCGGAUCAAACUGUGGAUGAUGGAACUAGGGUGGCGAAUGAAAUGAUGAAACUUUUCGAAAUUGACGAAAAGGAUUUGAUCGAGGGGGCGUACAUGGAUAAAUUGUUGAAAUAAAAGAUUGUGGUUUUCUGGUAAAA